UGAUGGCCACGUCUGUGAGGUUCCGUGGUUAGGGUGGGCACACUUAUUAUUUUCACUCUGCAUGUUGGUAGAUGCAGUCCCAUGAGUGAUCAGCAGUCUAUUCCGUUUCCUAACAUGUACAACUUGCCUGUCAGUAGCAGGCCAACUGACGCUCAGCACAUGGCAAUGCCAUAUCUCGUAAGUUGAUGCUGCUGAUCUUAUAACUCGAUGUAUUUUCCAUACUCAUGUCAGGUAUUUUUGAAACCAGUAGUUCCACUCGGUUCUAUCGAGUGCACUAGGCCUGUAAGAUACUAGUUUUGUUAUAGUUGGUUGGGUUCUUUUUCUUCUCUACAUAACUGGUUUAUGUAUCUUUUUGUUUUUACAGCCUCAGCCAGGUUCACGUUUAGGUAUGUUUGUAGCUUUGUUAACACUUUCUUAGAAAAUGUAGCUAUGCCGACGGCUCAAGGCCCAUUCUAUCCUAUCCGCAACAUGGAUCAUCGCUACAUCUGCGGAUUACAACCGUUUUUUUGUCCCAUGCCCUUUGAGGUCCAGCAGCAUGAACACAUGAGUAUGGCGGCUCAUACUGAUUACGGACAUUUUCAGCACCAACUUAACUUCAGCCCCCUAGUACCCCAAGUUGCGAAUAUCCCAAAUCAGUCAAAUGCAAUCCAUACUUCAAGUGACAGCAUGUCUAUACCAGUCAGAGAGAGAAGACCACUUGAUGUGAUUGACCCACAGACCAAAUCUGCAGUAAAUCUAGAAGAAGCUUCAAAAUCUCCUUCAGAACCACGGAAAAGAUUACCUUUGUUACCCCAGCUCAUAUUAGAUGAAUCGCCACCGAUUAUGGAAAAAGAAACAGAAAAAUCUUGUGCUGAUUUUAAGGACGAGGGCAUAUCAAGUACCGAAACAGUAUCACAUGAGGAUUGCGAGACGAAGGAUAUUGUCUCAGAAAUAACACGUGUCGAGGUAUCUGAAUGCAACAAGUCAAAGGAGGAACACUCGUCACAAGAGGAUGUCGUAGAUUGGGAUGAUGCAGAAGAGGAUAAAGAAGUGAAAGAGGAGGAAGAAGAAGAGGAGGAGGAGGAGGAAGUCAUGGGAAGAAACAGAUACCCACGAGACUUCAUUCUUGGUCGCAAAGAUUCGGCAUCACUGAUUACUUUGGAAGGGAUUCAGGUAAGAUUAAUAUUUGUUAAUACAUUUAAUGUAUAGGCAAUUAUGAACCAGUUCGCAAAUGCCAUGAAGGUAAGUAUUCCUUAAGAUAAAUUGUAUUUGCAGAUGAGUCGCACGAGAUCAAACCAUGGGCCUAGAAAUAAAGUCAUCAAACUGCUUAAAACCAUUACUGUAAAACGUGUCGAAGGUGCAUUUGUUCCAUCAAAACUGCGUAGUCAGGAUGCAAAUGGUGUAACAGAUGCUAAAAAUAUAGCCCAGGAGCUAAACAUUAUCCUUAAUCGAGUGUCGGAUAACAACAUCCAAGAAACAAUAAAUGAUAUCAAGAUGCUUAAAAUAUCGACACCCGAUGAUCUCAAUCUGUUGGCAAAGACAAUAUUUCAAAAGGGUAUUAGACAGUCCAAAUACAGUAAGGUAUUUGCGAAUCUGUGCAAGCAACUCAAAGGGUUCGAAGUACAAGGUUCAGAACGAUUUUCGGUCCUUAUUUUACAACUAACACAAGAGUUGUUCCACAAACGACUAGAGGUCCUUAUAAACGAAUUAAAUACCACUAUCGACGCUAAAAUUGCUUCAGCUAAGGACGAUUCAGUGAAAAGAAUGUUUGAAGAGGAUCGUGAAACCAGUAUUUUAAAAAAAACAGAAUCCUAUUACGGGAAUAUAACGUUUAUUGCUGAACUUUAUCUCACUGGAUUUCUUCCAAUAAAAACCAUAACGGAAUGCUUGAAAAAACUGAGGGAUUCCUCAGAACCAGAAGCACUGCCUUCACUUAUUAUUUUCCUAAAUUUGUGUGGCAAGGAUCUUGAACAAAAUUGCAAAACCAUUUUGGAUUCAUGCUUUAAACGACUCGAACAAUAUAAAGAUUCGAAAAAAAUAGAAACUCAUCAAAUGUACAAAGUACAAGAGCUCGUAGAAUUACGAUCUCGUGGUUGGAAACCAAUGGAUACGACACAACUUCAACCACAGAUUGAUACUUCUAGACGAAAUGUAGAUGACAAGGGAAGGAGAAAUUUCAUUCCACCAGAUCCAAAGCGUAAAUCGGUGCAAUCUGUGAAUCCACUUACUCCUUCUAGUUUGGCUGUGACACCACAGUCUUAUGAUUCUCGGAAACUUGGACCUACGGUAGCGAAUUGGACACAAGGAAGUGGCCUGCUUCGUCCCUCUGAAGACAGUCAUACUAAGCAGAGUCAACAAAAUUCAUUGCUUCAUCGUUCUCGUGAAUCAUCCCCACGUAUGCCUCCUGGGCCGCAAGGUGCAUGGGCAAAUCCUUUGCCAGUUAUACAAAAACCGAAACAAAAAGAUUAUGAUUCAAUGCUGGAGGAUACAAAACGAAUAGCACGCACCGUAGUAGAAACGGUUUCGCGUUCUGAAAGUGAAUGUCAUGACUGUGUUGUUGAAUGUAAACCCAAUGAACGGCCAGCUUUGCUCCACAAUAUGUUCGAUCUUUUAAUGGAUCGGACUUCUAAAGAGCGUCACGCAACUGGUCAUUUGUGUGUAGAUUUACUCCGCAAGAAAGUCCUCAAAGAAAGUGAUAUCAUUACAGCAUGUGAAAAUUUCUUCAAAUUUUGUGAUUCAGAUUGGGCUGCUGAUUAUCCCCAAGGUUGGUUGUAUAUAGCAGAAAUUCUCCAUCAUCUUAUUUCCGGAGAAUCGGAUUAUAUGGCUGUGUUGUUGGAGCUAGUAGAACCCAUUCGCUCUGAUGAUCGAGCUUCUAAGUUGAUGGCUCAUUGUAUUUCAUUAAGCAAAAAGAAUACAACUAUUGAUAAGUUAGUGUUAAAACUUCGAAAUUGUAAUUUCAUGUGGGCCAAACUUGGCGUUCCAUCGGAUAAAACCUGGAAUUUUGUAUACGAGCGAUCUAUAGAGUUCACAAUGGCUGGUGUCUAUGACUUUGAAUGCAAAAAACUCAGGGAGCUUACCGAUCUUGUCUCGAAUCCUUCCGUUUCCUCUGAAAAGGUACGCAUGUACUUCAAUGAAUUGUCUCAAAGUAAUCUAUCUAAGUGGUUCAUGCAGUCGAUAAUGCCAGUUCUCCUAAAAUCCUCCGAUCAGUCAAAGACGGGAAUUGACGCAACUGUGAUGUCUCUCCACAUUUUGAUUGAUCACAAACCUGACAAAGAAUUUCAUGUCCUUUCCGGUUUCCAGGACUCGUCGAUUAAUAAAGCUCUAAUUGCACCAUGGCUUUCAUCCUUAGUUGAAAAGAAGGUAAUAUCGGCAGAUGCAUUGUCACAGUGGAAAAAAAGUGAUAGUGAUGGCUUGGUAGCCGAGAUUCUUUCCGGUAACCCUGAACUACGGAACUUAUGACCAUACUCCAUGUUUUAAUAAAUUGCCCUAUGACCAAACAUUUGGAGACUGCUCAUGUAUACAUUUGUAUCCCAUAAUAUCAAAUGCCUGCAUUAUUUCUAGGCGCUCUAUCUUCAAAUAUUCUGUUUGUACACAAUUACUGUUAACGCAUGUGCUUUCAGUUAUGCCUCAGUCAAAUGAUUAAUUAUUGUAAAAUAAUAUGCUAAUUAUGCUGUUGAUUGACCAAUGAACUGCUUUAUUUCUUGUCUUCAGUCGAUACUUUGUGAUUGUUUUACUACUCUAAUAACUUUAGUCUGAGAAUAUAUCUUGAAUACUGUCGUCCUGCUUUAUUCUGUAUUAUCUAUCUUGUCCCAUGCUAUAAACCUCCACACACACAUGUACGUGAGUUUAUGUGGAAAUGUAGACUUCUAUUUUUCUUAUUUCUUAGGUUGUUUCAUUUGUGCAUAUUUACAAUCCUUAAUAUUUCUUUUGCACAUUACACGCUAACAGUGUAUGUUUAUUAAUUGCAUAUUAAACCCCUGUAUGUCGCGAUGAAUUUCGAUUCUUGAAGUACUAUUCUUUUCGGUCUUACCUUCCACUUGUGUUUCUUUAUGUUUUGUCCACUUCUGAAACGUUUUGUGUGUAGAUUUCCUACUCUCAUUCACAUUUUGAUCUGUGCUUAUUAUUUAUUGUGCACUGACACUUUGUAUAAACAUGCGAGUUUACCUAUGGGUUAACAAUUAUGGAUGUACUCGUGAUGAAUUUACAUCCUUUCUUGAAGUUUAAUGUGACUCUUUGUGUAACUGGUCGGGAAGUAACGAAGUAAAGACAGUGUUUGUAAAAUUUCGUUUCGUGUUACAGUCGUAAGUUAGCCAUCGGUCUUUCAACGUCGUAGUUGACAGUCAAUGAGCUGAACUUCCUCCGUUUGGGGUUGGAAGGUAUUGUGAUGUGUUUGGCAUUGGCUUCGCAACAGCGUCAUAAAAGCAUGCUGAUUACGGACUACUUUUUAACUUCUCGAGUGUAUUGCAGUCAUAUGUGGUUUCAUUUGAUUAAAUCAGUCAUAGUGGUGUUUGUUUCUUUUGUACAUUUAUGUUACUGUAAAUUAUGUGCCAGUGACCUAUUAAAAUGAAUGGUAG